UUCAGGGUUACUCCACAAUGCCUUCAUCGCUAAAUCUGACGGCUGUUUUGACGGUUCUCGCUUUUGCAUACCUUGCUGUUGCACAAGACUCGGAAUCUUACCAGAAUGUCGAUAAACGAGGCGGUGCUCGUGCAUUUCACAGUUUCUUCAACCUUCCAAGUUCGAAGCGGCUAAGCAGUUUAGCCUCACCAUACUACUUGUAUGAGAAACGUGGUGGAGGACGGGCGUUUGUUGGCGGAUGGCAACCCUUCGAAGGACUUAGCGGACGAAUUGAUCGCCGAGGCGGCGGCAGAGCUUUUUCUGGGCUGUGGGGACCAAGCGACUAUAUCAGCAGAUUCUACGACAAUCCCUAUUACAAGAGGUCGUCAAAUCUGUGGGCAUUCCUCGACGACCGCAACGCAGUCUAAUCCUAUGCUUUCACCUUCUUAUGGAUCUCAUCUAUAAAUGCCACCCGAAAUCAUUUUUUUGUGAACUCAAGGCUCCUCAAGAGAGCUUUUUAACCCGUAAUAUUGCUAAUUUUAUAGCUGGACAUGUGAUAAGAUCCGGCCGUCCAUAGUGCUGUAUGAGCAGUUGAAUGUUGAAAGUUUUGCCUCUGUCGUCUCAUCGUUGACCUUCCGUAAAAAUAAACUUGCU